AUGACCACAACUCCUGGAAUGUUUCGCGCCUCAGCUCAAAAUCUGGCUACCUGUCAGUUCUUCUUACUUCUAACAAUGAACGCGCUCGCCCAGUCGAAUAUCUUCUCGACCACUAAGAACCCGUUGCUAACGAAACAGAAAGUCAAACCAAAUGGCCCACAGACUGCAUUCAAAACCUGCUACGAGGGCAAAUGUCAAUGCAAAGAAAAAGUGACCAAUUGCUAUUUGAGUGAUCGUAGCGGCGCAGUGAUAUUUGAAAUUACAAGCAGCGCUGAACAGGAUACGAUAACACUGACCUGUGAGGGCGCGCCAAGAGAUAUCGAUUCCCUUUUGAACCAGAUUUCGCAUAAGUUCACAUUUCAUGCGGCGUCCUUUAAGCUGAGGAACUGCGCACAACUACCGAAUAUGUUGCGGCGUCCCAAUGUGACUUACAUGGGCGAUGUGGAUUUCAAUACACAAAUGUUGGUACCUGAAGAGUUUUUCUGGCACGCAAAAGGCUUACUGACGCUGAGAUUUAAUAUUACAACCGAUGACUUGGAAAAUAGCUUUCCGCCGCUUCUUUUUCACAAUCUAAAGGAGCUAAUUAAUUUGGAAUUGAUAAUAGUUUCCGAUGCUGCGGUGGUCACAAUGCCCGAGGAGAUGUUACAUGAGCUCCAUGGUUUGGAAGUGCUGUCUCUAUAUGUAUACCACCUUGAAACUGGUUAUUACGAACCGUUGGAUGCACGGCGCACGACCGUACGCAACUUAAGCAGCGCACAUUUUCGCGAUCUAUGGGCGCUAAGAAGCCUGCUACUGGACGCAAAUAACCUGCAGACGUUGAACGAUACUAUGCUUAUGCCAUUGCGCGAAUUGAACCAACUGGGCUUGAGCCUGAAUGGCUUAGAACAGCUGCCUGCAAAUUUGCUUGCAACGCAAAGCAAGCUGGUCGUAAUAGACUUGAGCAUGAACGAGCUAACAUCACUGCCGCUUGGUAUAUUCAAAAACACGCCACUCCUUUGGAAGCUGCAGCUAGCCGAGAACCGCUUCAAAAUGCCCACGAAUAUUAUAGAGAGUGUGCGGCCGCUACGUUAUCUCCACCAACUCGACCUGAGCAACAAUCAACUCGUGCAGAUUUGGGGCACUGGUAGCCUAAGCAACCGCUCGCUCUUGACGCGCACUAACAUUAGCGCACCACUGGAAGUGCCACAGUUCGCAACGUAUGUGAGCUGGGAGCGCGGCGCAUUCAAUGAGCGCCAAAUCAAUCUUACUUCAAUCAAUCUGCGUAAAAAUCGCAUAGCGCAAUUCAACUUGGACUGGAUCGCCGUUGGCGGGCUGACUUGUCCCUACGAGCUCAAUCUGCUCAACAAUAACAUAAAAAACAUUUAUGCUGCCAUACAGCCGUUGGGCAGUACCCACAGAUGCAAACGUCGACUGAUGUUGCAGUUCAAUCCACUGAACUGUGAUUGUAGCCUUGCGUGGGUCUAUAGCAGCAACUUGCUUACGCGAUAUGAACAGUGGACCUGUGCAGCGCCGCCGCGCUUGCAGGGAAAACUGCUCAAUCAGCUGCAGCGCAGCGAUCUCUGCGCUUGGCCGCCCGCCUUUUGUCCAGAACGCUGCAGGUGUUCGUACGAAAGGAUGUCAUCGCUGAUUGUCAACUGCACAGGCGCGCAGCUGCAAAGCAUCUUGCAGUUACCGCGUCCCGAGCAAUUUGCGCUUGCUCGUACAACACUUUACCUCGAGCGCAAUAGCUUUUACGAGCUGCCGGCGAAUACGACUUUCGGUUAUGCCAAUGUGACACAUAUUUAUGCGGCGCAUAAUCGGAUCGCCUUUAUUCUACCGUCGCAUAUCCCAUCGAAGCUGUCAGUGCUCGAUGUGCGUCACAAUCGGCUGGAGCGCUUGAGUGAUGAUUUUCUACGCUACUACCUCAACGAGAGCGAUACACUGAAGGAACUCUAUCUCUCCGAUAACCCUUGGUUUUGCGAUUGCGAAUCGGAGCUACUGUUGCGCGCUGUGAGCUUACAGCGUUCACGCAUACCUGACGUCAACGAAUUACGCUGCGCUAAUUUCGCGAACACGCCACUACUAAAUGUUACCUUCUCAGCAGUAUGCACAACUCCCUUUAGCUAUGUUAGCUUGCUAGCACUGCUCAUUGCCAUCUUUUCCACAGCAGUCGUUGUGCUCUCACUGAUCGCACUCUUCUACAAAUACAAACUGGAGGUGAAAAUUUGGCUCUUCGGGCACGACAUGUUUCUGUGUUGCAUCAGUGAACAGGAGCUAGACAAAGACAAAACAUUCGAUGCGUUCAUUUCUUACGCCCACCAAGAUCAACACUAUGUCAACGAUACACUGCUGCCGGGUCUGGAACAGGGUCGCUCGCCAUUUCGUAUUUGCACACACGAACGCAAUUGGCUCGCUGGUGCUUUUAUACCCGAGCAGAUAAUAGAGUCGGUCGAGCAGUCGCGUCGCACGAUUAUUGUGUUGUCGCAGCACUUCGUCGAAUCGGAUUGGGCUCGCAUGGAAUUUCGUACGGCGCAUCAGUGUGCACUGAAUGAGGGUCGUGCGCGCAUAAUCAUUAUCAAGUAUGGGGAGCUUACGAAUUUGCAGCAGCUAGAUAACGAGUUGCAGGCCUACUUGAAACUAAACACCUAUUUGGAGUGGAACGAUACGAGAUUUUGGAAUAAGUUGCGCUUUGCAAUGCCGCAUAAAUUUGGUGAGGGACGAAAGUCGGGUAUGCUGGAAGUUAGUAGGAGAGUUUAUUUGACGGAGGAAGUGGAGUUGAAUGAAUUUCAGCAAUAA